UCCUUUGGAUUGGCACUCACCACCCCCACCGCUCCCACCACUGAAAGGUCCUCCUAUCCCUUAGCAGUGAAAAGAGCUAGUCCGUCUUUCCCGGUUUUCCAUUAAACUAAACCGGUUUCAAGUUUCAGCCCCUCCUUGAAUUCCAGCCUGCUGAGACUCCCGCUAGAACCAUCCAAAAUGGAGCCUCUGGUUGCUCACCCAUUAAAAUGCUCCGGGCCCAAAGCAAAGGUAUUUGCAGUUUUGCUAUCUAUGGUUCUAUGCACAAUGAUGUUAUUUCUUCUACAACUAAAAUUCCUAAAACCUAAAAUCAACAGCUUUUAUACCUUUGAAGUGAAAGAUGCCAAAGGAAGAACUGUUUCUCUGGAAAAGUUUAAAGGCAAAGAGGUUACACUAGUUGUAAACGUGGCUAGUGACUGCCAGCUCACAGACAAAAAUUACUUAGCGCUGAAGGAACUGCACAAGGAGUUUGGACCAUUCCACUUCAGCGUCUUGGCUUUUCCCUGCAAUCAGUUUGGCGAAUCGGAGCCCCGCUCGAGCCAGGAAAUAGAAGCUUUUGCAAGACAAAACUACGGAGUAACAUUCCCCAUCUUCCACAAGAUUAAGAUUCUAGGAUCUCAAGCAGAACCUGCCUUUAAAUUUCUUGUUGAUUCUUCAAAGAGGGAACCGAGGUGGAAUUUUUGGAAGUACCUGGUCAAUCCUGAAGGUCAAGUGGUGAAGUACUGGAGGCCAGAGGAACCAGUUGAGGCCAUCAAGCCUGACAUCGUAGAACUCAUUAGACAAAUCAUCGUCAAAAAGAAAGAGGAUCUAUGAACAUCCCAUUGAGCCGCGUUGAUGCAGUAUAACAGAGAAACAUUGCCAGAGAAUUUGGUCUCAUUUUCAACAUUUUGACAAUUAAGUGUGGCACUGAAGAUUGUUUUUUAUGUUUUCUUGCUAGCCGAUGGUAAUGAAUAUCCCCAGGACUUAACUACUCGAAGCCAAAGAAUCAAAAUGAAAUAUAUUAAAUACUUCUUCUGACCGCACUGAAAAAUUCAGAAUAUACAGUUGCCAAUGUGCUUGAAUAUCCUAUUACUCAACUUGACAUUUUCUAGGAUUGCAUUUUACGGGAAUGCCAACACAGUAUACUACUGGAUUCAAGAACAGUGUAUGUGACUAAAAUUUUCAGAGUAGCUAACUGUAAUGGCUAUGUUGAUGUAAAUAAAACACAAAAUAAAUUAUGAAAGAUGUAAAAUAUUCAUAGAGCCAAAUCCUCAUAUAUGUUUGUCUGUUUCAUGUACUAGAUUUUAUUUACUUUUAAAGUUCAUGUUUCUAGUCUAUUUAACUAUAACUGGCCAAAUAGUCAUUUAUGCUACCAUAAUAUUUGAAAAGGCCUUCAUAUUCAAUACUUUUCUCCCCAUUGUGUUCUAGAAACAAGUCAAAUUCCAUAAAUAGAAUGCUAAUAUAUUUAGACUAAAUUAGUCAUUUGGAAAGAAUUCAAUGCUACAUCAUUGUGAUAGCUGAAACAGUAAAACUCAACUCCAGUCUAAACUCUAAUGUAAAAAAGGGAAAGGAUAUGGCUGUAAUCACAAAAUGCUCUAAAAUGUAGACCUUUCAGUAGAGACGCGAUAUACUUUUUCUCCCAAAGUCAUGACUUUUUACAUUUAUCUGCCUUGUAAAUAUUGACUAACAAAACAACCUGCCAAGUUGGUGAAGGUUGCUGUCCCAUGAAAUAUAUAGUGAUUGUAUAAAAGAAGUAAAUAUGAA